AUGGGAAAGAAUUGGAAGAGUGACAAGGCUAAGAUCGGUUAUUUCCAGAUAUUAAAGGAUAAGAGGAAAAUAGCUGUGUUACAAGGCGAACAAGAAGCGCUACUAGCUGACAUUGAAUGUUCAGCGAUCCGACAGAUGCGAAAUCAUACAAAUGCAGCAGUAGCAAUUCAACAACGAAUUGCUGAAAAAUUCAUAGGGGUUACUCGAAAAAUUUCUACAAAUAAUGUAGUAGGAAAAGAUCAAGCUGAAAAGGCCGUCUUGGAACGGCCACGUACGCCGGAAGAUAAGAUUAGAACCGCACCCCUCAAAUAUAAGCCCUCCAUUUCAUCAAUUGAUACACAAAAUUUUUCCCAAGAAUUGGAAGAUUUAAAAUUUUUGAAUUUCUUCCAAGAUAAUGUUAAUAAGGAGAAAAAGGAGGAAGUCCAAGAUAAUGUUAAUAAGAAGAAAGGAAAGAUAAGCGAUGAAAGCAGAAUGGAGAUUGAAAAUGCUUAUAUGAAGAUGAAGAAGGAUGCAAUGUGGAAAUUGUCAAGCGGGAAAUUCGUGGAAGAAGAGUUAUAUAAUCUUGGAAAAAAACUAGAAUUCGAACACUCUGUUCAUUCCUUUAUAAUCGAUACAGAGGAUGAAAUAAUCAAACAACAUUUCAGAGAAUAUGAGUUAGAAGAGAUAGAUAAUGAGCAUGUUCCAAAGGCUCCAGAUCUUUCACAGGAUGUAAUUGAUUAUUUAAACAAGUUUAUAAACGUAACGAGUGCGAACGAAGUGCGCUCUAUAAUUGGUGAGCAAGAUGAUAGGCUUAAUGCAAACUAUGAUUCAUCAAAACAUCAUGACCUAGAUUAUAUUCGUUUUGUACUUUAUACAAUGACCAGAGAAAUUGAAAACGGUGGAUUAAAACAACCAAAUUUAGAAUCAUGGUACAAUUGUCAUGUUUGGAGUGCGAUCGUUGACCAUGGCUUUGGAGACAUCAAGGGAUUAUCAGUUGUUCGAGGAGAAAGUGCAUGUGUUGCAACAGCUACCAGAAAAAAUUCAAAAAGGAUAACAACACAGAGGCGCCAAAUGGGACGUAGAGGAGAUUGGAUACUAAGAAUGAGCGGUAAUGGUGACCACGAUGAAUAUGGCAUGGGUGAAGUUGGAAAAAAAUGGGAAGAUGAAUUUGGGACGAAGUUUUUGAGGGAAAAGUCUCUGAAACAGCCUAAAGCCCUAAAGGAUAUGUUGGUUAAACUCAUCCGAAAAGUUAAUUGGGAUAAGGAAUUACGUUCUAAGCUUCAAACUAUAGGAAUAAUGCAUUCAGGAUUAAUGAUGGUGGUCGUGUAUAUGGACAAUCCACAUGGAUAUGUGUGUAGAAUCCGGCGUGGGGAUAUAAUGGAGGUCCCGGAUAAUGAGGAGAAUCUUUCAGCAUUAUUGGUUAUUCUUGCUGCAAUAUUGAAUGCUAAGAUAAUUGUGCGAGAAACAAUGAAAAUUGUACAACAGAAAAAGAAAAGCGAGGAUAUUUUCAAGCAAGCAGGCCGGGUAAAGCGAUUACGAAGUUCUGAAGAAAUUCCUGCAUGUUUAACUACGCCAAAAAAAAUAAAAGCAUGCACUAGGGAUGUUAAACUUGUUAAAUUAAGCA